GGGAUGCACCCCAAAUCAACUAAUAUAUGGGGACGCGGCAGCUAAGCACAGUGAAUACACCCGGUUUACUGUGCACUGGCGAGGUAGCUUAGAAAACCUCGCACGCAACUUGUUGACCCGUUUUCCUUGUACCUCCGAAAUCCUGCACGCCUUCCUCGGAACCCCGGCCCAGCCACUGUUCUGUCCCCUGCCACACCUUAUAAAAACCCGCCGCCGAAAACCUCGCCUUGUCUCAAUAAUACGUAACCUUCAUUCAAACACACAGUCAGUGUAUUCUAGUGUGUGUUUGAGUCGUAUAUACGUAUAGUUGCCCGUAUCUGUAAGUUUAUGGCGAGGUGUUAUACGCGUAUUUAUGUAUGUAUAUGUAUGUCUGUGGUGACUGUGAAGUGAAAGAGGUAUCUGCGUGGGGUAACUGAAAAUUGAAGAGAUAAAUAGUGGCAAUGAGGACGCUGUGCGACGUUUGUGAGAGUGCGGCGGCGACUUUAUUCUGCGCGGCGGAUGAAGCGGCGCUUUGUCGUGCUUGUGAUGAUAAGCGGCAUGACGAGCCCCUCAGCAUAUUCAGAUUAGCAGUGAUUAUAGCCACAAUGAAUAGGCUAACAUGGCGUUGGCAGGUUCAUACGUGUAACAAGCUUGCUAGUAGACACAUACGAGUUGGGCUUGCCGAGCUAAGUGAAGUCCCGCGUUGCGACAUAUGCGAAAAUGCACCUGCUUUCUUUUAUUGCGAGAUCGAUGGAAGUUCUCUUUGUCUGCAAUGCGACAUGAUCGUCCACGUAGGUGGCAAAAGAACCCACAGAAGAUAUCUCCUGCUCAGGCAGAGAGUUGAGUUUCCAGGGAAUGAUAAGCCUGGAAGCCGAGAGGAGCUGGGAUCACAAAAGGGCCGUCUCCGAGAAAAAGAGAAUCUGCAAAAUCAUCGGUUUUCUCCAAACUCGUUUAUAGGUAACAGUUCUGAAAGUGAUGAGAAAAUGGAGGAUUUUUUGAUCGACCUCAAUGCCAGACCUCCAGGGCUGUACGACCGAGCUGCUAAUAACCAGGAACAAGUGGAUACUUUGGUUGAUAUUAAUCAUGCAUCUCAAACUAUGGUUCCGAACAGGUACUUCAGAGAGGAGCCUGAGAAGUAAAAGAGCCAACAACCCUGCUUUGAGGUGGUCGGCAAUAAAGAGGCGAGGGAUAUGAGACAGAACCUAAAAAACAACCAGAGCCACAACCCUUUUUCUUUUUGGAGUUCACGGUAGCAAUACUGAUGAACUAUGUGCACUCCAUUUUUGCAACUCUUACUGUUGUCCAGUCGCAAGCAUUGAGAGUUGUUCUUGGAGAGAAGGGACUCUUUUUUAAUUUCAAAAAAUUGCUAGACGUCGUUCAAGUGUUCACAAUAGUGAUCCUUGAUCUUGCCUUGUUACCAUGUCUAGAAUGAGGCAGUAACUUAAUAUCAAUUAUUCACUUCCUUGUCACUUGCAAUGAAGAUUGAUUCUACUGUA